AUGCACGAGUCUAUCUACAUAGAUGAACCCGAUGCAGAGGAGCGUUGGAUAACUGUGCCCCGUUCUCGCCUUAAAAAAGCGUAUAAGAACUACAAGCUAUCUCUUAACAAGGCAGGGAAUGCAACGUCAACUGCCACUCCUUCAACUGCGAGUGCAGUAGAAAUUAAGGAGGACCUCACUCUCCCCACUGCUAUUCGUGUCAAGAUCCGUGAUUUAGGUGAAUUUGUCGGCAAACGGGUCCAGGUUUUCGGUUGGGCUCACAGAAUCCGCCGUCAAAGCAAGCAACUCAUGUUUAUUAUUCUGCGUGACGGCACUGGACUUCUGCAAUGCCUUCUCGCAGGAGAUCUACCGCGCACAGCUGAUGGCUUGACUCUCUCCACAGAGUCAUCAAUUUUUGUAAAGGGUGUAGUUUCAAAGGUGCCAGCUGGUCAGAAAGCUCCUGGAGGUAUUGAAUUACAGGUGGAUUACUGGGAGUGCAUCGGGAAAGCGCCUGCGGGUGGUGUCGAAGCUGUUGUUACAGAGGAGUCUGAAGUUGAUUGGCAAUUGGACCAACGCCACCUCAUGCUUCGCAGUACGAAGGGAUGCAAAAUUACUGCGCUGGUCGCCAUAAUCGGGGAUGCAUUCAGGCAACACUACAAAGAUCGUGGAUUCACCGAAGUUCAUCCCCCAACGCUGGUGCAAACGCAGGUAGAGGGUGGCUCCACGCUCUUUAAGUUAGACUUUUUCGGUGAGCCGGCUUACCUGACGCAGUCGAGUCAGCUCUACUUGGAGACCUGCCUUCCUGUGGUCGGCGACUGCUACUGUAUGGUGCGCAGCUAUCGUGCUGAAAAGAGCCGUACUCGUCGUCAUUUGUCGGAGUACGUUCAUAUAGAAGCUGAGUCGCCAUUCAUAGAAUUCAGUGAUCUCCUCGACCAAAUUGAGGAUCUUGUCGUCGACGUCUUGGAACGUGUGAUGGAGAAGGCUGGCGAUUUGGUUCUUGCAAUGAAUCCUUCAUUCAAGGUACCGAAGAAACCAUUCAAACGUUUGGAAUAUCGUCAGGCACUGGUAGAGCUCGAAAAAAUGGCGCUCUUCAAAGAGGGCACGGACCCGUUUGUGUUCGGCGACGAUAUUCCAGAGCUUCCUGAACGCAAGUUGACAGAUAGUAUGAACUGCCCCAUCCUGAUGAUAAAGUUCCCAACAACGCUGAAACCCUUCUACAUGCAACGUGUCAAGGGGGAUCCAAGUGUGACUGAGUCGGUCGAUCUUUUACUGCCUGGAGUGGGGGAAAUUGUAGGCGGCUCGAUGAGGAUGCCCGAAUACGAUGGCCUUAUGGAGGGUUACAAACGCGAAGGCAUUGACCCCACACCUUAUUACUGGUAUACGCAGCAGCGUGAGUUCGGGACCUGUUCACAUGGCGGCUACGGACUUGGUUUUGAACGGUUCUGCACCUGGAUGCUAGGUCAAGACCACAUCCGUGAUGUCUGCCUGUACCCUCGUUUCACCGGUCGAUGCAGGCCUUAG